GUGCCGGUGAUUAUUUUAUCGAGCUUCGUUGUUAGAUACGUCCGGCGGAGAGUUUUGACUACAUUUUUCAGCUUUAAAGUCUUGUAAAGCAAGCAAUUGGAGUGCGUGCAAGUCACGUGCGUGUUACGUUUGGAUUCCCUUGUGCUCAGUGUGGUAGCGGCAGUAAAUCCGACGAUAUAGGAAGGGUAACAUAGUCAUUUUAUCCACUUUUUUUUCCUUUUUGUUAACACUUUGGUUUAGUUUGAGGUAUCAUGAGUAAAAUAACAUAACUGCCGCUCUCUCCUUCCUUGAUGCUCUCUCUCUCUCUCACAACAUUGGCUCUGUGUGUUUUUUGAAUUCUCAUUAUCUCAUUAGGGUUUUCCACUUUCUCACGAUCGAUUGAAUUAUAGAUGUUCCGUCAAUCCAUGGCGUUUCCUCCACCGAUCCAUGGCUCUGAUGCGCCGCCACCGCCACAGCCGCCGGUGGUGACCGUCACUGAAACCUCCAGACGGCAGCAGCAACAGAUUGGAGCAGCAGCAGCAGCUUCUUCUUCGCCGGUGAAGUCUCAUCCGCUUCAUAACUUUCCGUUAUCUGAUCUCAGAUGGGCUAUGAAUCACGCCAAUACACAUAGGCUCCGCAAAGCAUCGAGUAGAUCUCCGCUUCGUGAACCUAACCCUGGGAAAGGGAGUUUGGUGACGGAGGAUGUAAACGAAGCUUCGGGUUCUUCGUCUUUCGAAUUGAGACCGGAUAAGAAGAAGAAGAGCGAUUCCGCCGCAGAUCGAUCCGGGACGAAGUCAACGACGCCGGACGGUAGAUCGAAGAUCUUUAUCCGGAUCCGCACCAAGAACAACGAAGAUACAGCUGAUAUCGCCACCACCGCCGUCUCCACUGAUAAUAAUAACCCUCCCGCCGUCCAUGCGGCUGAUGAUUCAGCUGGUCCGGCGAUCGAUGCUGAUGCUGAACGGAUCUCCGAUGGUUGUGGUCAAGAAGCAGACGAGUUUGGUCCCAAGACUUGGAAUCUGAGGCCGAGGAAACCACCGCCGACGAAGAAGCGUUCGAUUGGACACGCCGGUGGGAUAUUGAAGAGCUGUAACGGUUCAUUACCGGAGAAUAAAACUCUUGGAACGGUUAGAACUGAGUCGAUUCGAUCCAGGAACGGCGUAGAUGCUAAGAUGGCGGCGACGACGACGACGGAGAGAAAAGAGAAGAAACCGAGGUUAUCGAUCUCGCUUUCGAAGCUGGAGAUAGAUGAAGAUAUCUACGCGUUGACUGGAUCAAAACCUAGCAGAAGACCAAAGAAGAGAGCCAAGAACGUUCAGAAGCAGCUCGAUGUUCUUUUCCCAGGUUUGUGGAUGGGUAACGUUUCUUCAGACGCUUACAAGGUCUCAGAACAUGCUUGAAAGGACUGAUUGAGGAUGAUGAUGUGAAGUUAAUCUUGUUGAAUUGGCGUCGACGGGAACUAGAUAGGGGGCGUCGGUCGAAGAAGUCUUUAUGCACAGAUUGAGGUAUAAAAAGAACUGGGAAUGAUUCGUUUCUUUGGCUUCAUUGCGCUGGACUUGUGAAUACUCUGUCUCGUGCUUUCAAUUCAACUUCCAACUUCAGCUUCAGCUUCAGAUUCGGUUCUCUGGCGGCAGUAUAAAAUGCGAACCAGACUAGUUUUGAUCCAAGCCGCCUUAUUUGUUGUCACUGAUGUGAGUUCGUUCGUUCUUACGGCCUUUAUUUUUUUCUUCUGUUUAAUUCACUUGUGGACUCUUUUUGUAAUAAGAUUAGUGGGUAGCCUGACCUACUUGUAAAGGUGGAAGUUAAAAUCAGAAUUAUCAACGUAA